CGGAAAUAUUUGGGGAAGUAUAAUUUUAGCUCAGAUACCUCCUUUGACGUCUGACAUAGGUGAACUAGUUCAUCCUUAGCAGUGAAGACUGUAGGGUUGUCGUGAAGCGCAUUCUCAUUUAAGAUUAACUACCUCAAGGACAUAAAGCGUUCUAGGUAGACCGGGAGUUUCAAACUCGGUGGGUUUCUGUGUUUCGUGGAGCAGACAUCUCAUAGAAGGUAGGUUUUAGUUUCGAGCUGUUUCUCGCCAGCGAGGAAAUUCUUGGGAAAAUAUGCGCUAUCCAUCUCGAUCUGGGGGAAGGGGCCGCAUUUAGAUACAUUGUCGCAUAUAUUCACACCGACUUCUAAAAGCCCGUUAAGCGCAAGCUUCUAUUCCGUCCACAACCAUUUGAGCUCUUAAGGGUUUUAUCUAAAACUCCCCAAAGUUCACCUUUAUUUCCCCUUUUUUCCGGUUAGAAAGUAGAUUUGCCAAUGUAACUGGGUUUGGAUGAAACUUUUUCGCGAUCAAUAAUUAUAACAUCUGACUCGUUGUAUUUAGCACCAUACUUUCGAAUUCCUACUUGGUCUUCCUACUUCUUUGAGCUUUUAAUAAACUUUAUAGCAUUCUAGGCGAGGUUAUAACUUGUAGAUAAACCAGUGAAAUUAAAGGUAACACUUUGCAUUUUGGUGUGGAAUUUAUUCGCCUGUAUGGUUAGAUUGUAAUGCUAGUGCCGGUUUGUGAUGCAAAACCAAACUCUGAUUCUUAACCCCAACUUCUAAUCCUUAACCCUGACCCUAGUUUCCUACACUAAGAUGUAACUCUGUUGACCUUAGUAAGUGAGCGGGUUUUCUCGAAGUUACUUUGGCGUCGUCCACAAGUCGUCCAUCAAUUAUAGCCUUACGUGAGGCUAUAAUAUAUGUCCUACGCCGCACUAAUUCUCUAGCAAGCCACAAAGUGCACGUUGCAAUAAAAUUAACUACUGAAGAACUUAAUCGAAAAUCUUGAAAAGUGUACUGUAAAAGUCACUUAAUUUUGCGUUUUGAGAAUAGAAGAUCGGAGGUUAUUUUUUGGUGUUAGACGACUCUGUGUUUGAUCAUCGUUUUCUCUGAAGGAUUGCUGACAUCCAGUGGCAAUACCAUGUUAGUAAUGCAGAGGUUCGGCAUUGUGUGUUCGAGCACAAAGACGAUAAUUCAAUUGAUAUCAUUAUCUUAAAACAUCGACUUCGGUGGCUUGAACAUGUUCUACGAAUGUCGUUCGAAAAAAUUCUACGUCGUGCAUUAUUUGCCGACUCUGGGACUGGUUGGAAAAAAACGAAGCGGUGAUUAUUGCUUGACAUAGUGUCGCGGUAUGAACGAAAGCUGUACAGGACUGGCUUCUGUUUAUCCUUCACGACUCCCUGGUUGGGAUCCUAGAAAUGGUGCAACACAGUGGCUAGAGACGUUAUCAGACAUGGCUCAUAAUAGAAGCCAGUGGCGAUUCUGCUAUAACUUUGUUUUACUUUCUUCAUAAAAAUGGACGUAACUCCUUUGAAUGGAAGAAUUUCUGGCUAUACCUUUGCUAACUGAUCUGCUUCUCUCAUUAUUAUUAUUUCACUAUCAUACGCUAAUUUCUGUUCGUUACCGUUCCCUUUUUUCUUAUACACACCCUACAUUCUCUACCUCUUCACAUUCUCAUUGUUAUUGUAUGGCGCAUAUGUAUUUGGUGCUCCUCUGUACCGAUAUGUAUGUGUUCAAAAAAUAAAUAAGUACUCAAGUAAAGAUUGUAAGAUAACACCGUAGUACUUAUAGUAUUUUACAUGCCAUAGCAACCAAUAAUGUGUAAAUUACAUAUUAGUAUAACGAUCCAAAUAUUAAAACAACCAGUGUCGUGACAAUACCAAAAAGUCACAACAAUACUGUCAAUCCAAACACUAUGAGCAACUAUUAUAAUUAUUGUGAAAACCUAGAUACCAAGCGUUUUUAUUCGGAAAUCUCUACCAAAAAGAUUCACUUACCUAACUGGACUAAGCGGAUAACGUAGUCAUAUUUGGUGAAGACUUCCAAAACCCAGUGUUCCAGAUGCCUUAAGCCAUAAUGUACGCUUGAUCGGAUCCGUUUCUCUCCUACUAAAAUGUGCUUCACGAUUGAUUCACGUAAGGGCUUAGAAUGAUCGUAAGUAGUGAAUCAAUCGGACACGUUGACAACUUUACUUAUCUUCUAAGCUUCUUCCGCCCUCGUUAGUUGGUCUGAUGAUAUCUCAAUGCACAUUCAGAAGGCGAACUUUGGUCUUAAACUUGCGUCAAUUGUGGAGUGACAAAAUGGCUGCUCACCAGCUAAAAGGCAAUUAAAUUGAUUAGAAAUAUACUAUUUGGUUGUUGAAUGUGGUCCGCGAAAGUAGAAAGUCGUAGGUGCUUUUAAAGCAAUGAUUGGAUAUCAUGGAACAGUUAAGUAGGCAACACUGUAACUAAGUAUAGGAUUCUAAGAAGAUCGGUUGGUAAGGUUAGGACUCUGUAUCAAUCGAGAGGGUUAGACAUGUAUUAGGUAUACUCAACCACUGCCUACCUAGACUCUUUGUUGAAAUAAGUUAGAAAAAGGCUAGGGGUGGAUAAACAGGCGGAUUUUCAGUUCAAAAAGUCAUUGAUUGUUGGACCGAGUUGUGUUGUCGGAUGAAUACUUCAUUGUUUAAGGUAAUGAAUGGCAUAGCUCACAACUGGUUAGUAGUGAAGAUCUAGUCACUGUUCAUCUUACAUUAAGCCUUAAGCUCUAUCUAUUUUCGAACCGUUUUCCCGAUCAUUGUUACUAAAUCAUACGGACUCGUUUUUUGUUCAUUUUGUUACUUUCAUCUUGCGUAACUAAUGUGUAUAUUUAUUUAUUUAUUUUAACACACAGAUAUUGGUACAAGGAGGCACCAAAUACAUAUGCGCCACACAAAUCUCAUUUGAUAUGUGUGAGGGCUGUGAUACUGCCCGAACCGAAGCAGGUGGUUUUCUUAAGGGGCCACACCCGGAGCCUUCGACCUGAAGGUGUGACACACAAGGCAGUGGAGCAUCGUAAGGAGAUGCAGUCCCAUAGUAGCCGGUGACCAACGAUUGGUUCAUACGCCAUUUCUUCCUUUAGGAUGCUGGAGCCCAUGUGUACCAGUGGUUUGGAAUCAGGGUUUUCCAACUCCCCUAGGUGGACUCUCCAUGACCAUCAACCCGGUUAAAGCGCCGGACAUUCGCUUUUUGCCCUCUCAAUUUCGUAAACAACACCCCCGCCCCGAGAAGGCAGUGAGUAGGACUUCCCUGGCAGAGGCUAUAUAUGCAUGGCCAUAUGAGAGCAUUUCGAGAGGGAAAGCGGACUCCCCACUUUCGGCCGUACCAGGGCAUUUGGGUGCGAUGUGUACAUCAGGUUGGGCGAAAACUAACUUAUGCCAGGCUCUGUGUUUAUAAUUUAUUUGGAAAUCCUGUCAUCCACAUCUUAUAAGCGUUAUGUUGCUAUUAUUAAUCUCAAAUUUCGCUACUUAUAUAUAUAUAUAGCUUCUAUGUAUUCUUUAUUGGUUUUUAUCUUUGUGCUGUCUUCAUAGUACUAUGUCUGGUGUGAAAGCUGCAAGGCCAAUUCUGUCUAGAAAUCAUGCAGAAGCUCGAAGGCGAGUCAUUAGUUUAUAUCGUGCCUGGUACAGACAACUUCCUUAUAUACCAAAAGAAUAUGCUCAUAGUAGCGUAGAUCUUACAGUGCCUGUUUUGUAUGCAAGAUUAAGGGAAGAGUUCCGUAAAAAUAAGGAUAUUAAAGAUUUACGUAUAAUUGACUUGUUAAUUCACAGAUGGCAAAAUGAACUAAUUGAAGUGGCGCGUUUGUGGAAGUCUGAUACGCAUGUGAUGGAUUUCUUUAGAGAAGAUCAUCUCCCAGAAAAGCCGAAAGAUUUCUUGGAUAAAUUUCUAUCUGGAAAGCAGUAAUAUUUACGAGACUUUUGAAUUGUAGAAGCUUUUGUUUAUAGUGUGGUAGAUAAUUUUUAUCUCAGAAUUUUUCUACUAUAUGCUGAAAGUGAUACGUGACAGCAUGAAAUAAGACUAAAUAUUUACCGAGGCUUUGAGCUAAUACCAGUCUCAACCUGCUUAUUGUAGAUUUCCAGUA